CACCGUUAAUUUUAUAAUGGUUCAUAUCUAAGUAGGCAUUCUGUGAUUUGUUACCUGUAGGCAUAAUCACAAAUUUCUUUCAAAUUUCAGAGCUAGGCGACGGAGUUGAAACUCGAAUGUUUAGGGAAAUCGCAAAAAAAUUAAAUUUAACGUGGAAAAUAAUUCCAAACGACGGUAAACGUUGGGGAACAGCAUAUCCUAAUAAGACUAUAAGCGGUGGAAUAUUGAAACAUUUAUACACAGGAGAAGCUGAUGUUGGGUUCUGUUCUUUAUGGAUUGAGCAAUCAAAACUACCAUACGUCGUCAUGUCCGGAUAUUGGAACAUAUUAUGUUUACGAUUCCUGUUUCCAAAACCUAAAAUUAUGUCGAGUCAUUGGGGCACUAUUUUCAAACCUUUACCAGCAAAUCUUUGGAUCAUGAUUUUCUUAUCGACUAUAGUAACGUCAGCAUUUUGUUCAGGAUUGAAUCGUGUUCAACGUUUGAUUGAAACUACUUCCAUUGAAAAGACGGCGGUGAUUUCUUCUUUCAUUACAGUCAUUGGUACUUUAUUCAUGGCCAAGAACCCAAAUAAAUACGAAGGGAGCAAUGCCACCAAACAUUUAUUUCUUUGGUGGAGCGUAUUUGCGCUCAUCAUUACUACAUUAUACUCCAGCAGUUUGGUAUCUCAUUUAACAUAUCCUCAGCACGAGCCACUAUUGGACACGAUUGAGGCACUCGUGAAAGCGAAUUAUUAUUGGGGCACUCCGUACGAACCACCAAUAAAGUACAUCUUCAAUAAAAAUGUAAGUUGCAGAGAUGCAAACACAAUUGGAUUUUGUUAAAUUUGAAGUCAAAUUGAGCAAAAACACGAUUCAAAAAAAAAAGCUUUUGGU